AUGUCACCCCAAGUUCCUUCAGUGGGUUUCUCCAAUCUACUGAAUCCUGAAGCUACCGAGUCGCAAUCAUCCCACGACUCUGAUUCUACAAUGGCUUCUUCUGUCAGUCUACUGCCGCCUCUCAUGAAGGGUGCGCGCCCCACCAACGAGGAGGUUCGCCAGGAUUUGCCUCGUCCGUACAAGUGUCCCCUUUGCGAUCGGGCUUUUCACCGCUUGGAACACCAGACUCGUCACAUUCGGACGCACACAGGCGAGAAGCCUCAUGCCUGCCAGUUCCCUGGCUGCACUAAGCGAUUUAGCCGCUCCGACGAGCUGACUCGCCACUCGCGCAUUCACAACAACCCCAACUCGCGCCGGAGUAACAAGGCUCAGCACCUUGCGGCGGCCUCCGCAGCUGCCGGUCAGGAUGUCUCCAUGGGUAGCGCGGCCAACAUGAUGCCCCCUCCCAGCAAGCCAAUCACUCGUUCCGCCCCGGUUUCGCAGGUCGGGUCGCCCGAUGUCUCCCCACCGCACUCCUUCUCCAACUAUGCCAAUCACAUGCGCUCCAAUCUGGGUCCUUACUCGCGCACCACCGACCGCGCCUCAUCAGGGAUGGAUAUCAACUUGCUCGCGACAGCAGCUUCGCAGGUGGAGCGGGAUGAUCACAUGGGAUACCACUCAUCACGACACCCCAUCUUUGGAUCGCGUCAGCACAACAGUCGUGGUCUUCCCUCGCUCUCCGCUUACGCCAUCUCCCAAAAUAUGACCCGUUCGCACUCUAACGACGAUGAUGAUGCCUAUGGCCAACAUCGUGUCAAGCGCUCUCGUCCCAACUCGCCCAACUCUACCGCUCCCUCUUCUCCUACUUUCUCGCACGAUUCACUCUCUCCCACUCCCGACCACACCCCUCUGGCUACUCCUGCACACUCUCCUCGUUUGCGCCCAUUGGGAGCAAACGAGUUGCACCUGCCUUCCAUUCGUCAUCUUUCCCUUCAGCACACUCCUGCCCUGGCCCCGAUGGAACCUCAACCGGAAGGUCCGAAUUACUACAGUCCCGGCCAAGGCCACAUAGGCCCAAGUAUCUCCGACAUCAUGUCCAAACCCGAUGGGACACAGCGCAAACUGCCAGUCCCUCAGGUACCGAAAGUCGCCGUUCAGGACAUGUUGAACCCUGCAACCGGCUUCUCCUCCAUAACCUCCUCGAGCAAUAAUUCCAUUGCCGGUGGUGACUUGGCAGACCGUUAUUAA